GAAAAGCCCGUGCUGCAGCUGCUGCGUCUACACUGUCCUCAUCCUCCCCGUCUUCCUCUUGGCGUUAGCGGCAGCCUUUGCGUUCCUUCCGCGCGCAUUGACACCGAGCCUCUUGCCCGGACUCCCGCAGUCUCCUGUCCUGCCAGCGCCUCUGGCAUGUGCGCUGCCCACAUGUCGCCCCUCGCGCACAUCUUCAAAGGGACUUUCGUCCAUUCCACCUGGACCUCUCCCAUGGAGGUGCUGCACGACCACAUCCUUGGCGUGAGCGAAGCUGGCAAAAUAGUGUUUUUGGAACAAGCUUCCCAACAAGAAAAACUGGCUGCACAAUGGGGCUUCACACCAAUUGAAGUGAGAGAACUCAGUAUCCAUGAAUUCUUCAUUCCUGGACUGGUCGAUACACACAUCCAUGCACCACAGUAUGUGUUUACUGGAAGUAAUGUGGAUCUCCCUCUCCUGGAGUGGUUAACAAAGUAUACAUUUCCAACAGAAAACAAGUUUAGCAAUAAGGAUUUUGCUGAAGAAGUCUACACCCGAGUGGUCAGGAGAACUCUAAAGAAUGGUACAACUACAGCGUGUUAUUUUGGAACAAUCCACACUGACUCAUCACUCCGCCUCGCUGAUAUUACAGAUAAAUUUGGCCAGCGAGCUUUUGUGGGCAAAGUUUGCAUGGAUAUGAAUGACACUGUUUCAGAAUACAAGGAAACCACUGAAGAGUCCGUUAAAGAGACAGAAAGGUUUGUUGAAGAAAUGCUAAAAAAGGAAUAUACCAGGGUGAAGCCUAUUGUGACACCACGUUUUGCCCUUUCCUGCUCUGAGACUUUGUUGCAUAAACUUGGUGAUAUAGCCAAGGAGCAUAAUCUGCAUGUUCAGAGCCAUGUAAGUGAGACUCCUGAUGAAGUCGAAGCUGUGAAAAAUCUAUUUCCUAAUUAUAAGAAUUACACAGAAGUGUAUGACAAAAACAACCUCCUGACAGACAAGACAGUGAUGGCUCAUGGCUGCUACCUGUCUGAUGAAGAGCUCAAAGUAUUUCAACAGCGCGGAGCUUCAAUCUCCCACUGUCCCAAUUCAAACAUAUCGAUCUCCAGUGGAUUACUGAAUGUGUUGAAUGUCCUGAAACAUAAGGUGAAGCUUGGACUGGGCACAGAUGUUGCUGGUGGUUAUUCAUCCUCCAUGCUUGACGCUAUCAGGAAAACAAUGGUGGUGGCCAACGUCCUUUACAUGAAAAAAUUGAAUGAGAAAAGCCUCACUCUUAAAGAAGUAUUCAGACUAGCAACUCUUGGAGGAAGCCAAGCUUUGGGACUAGAUGAUGUGAUUGGGAACUUUGAAGUCGGCAAGGAAUUUGAUGCCCUCCUGAUCAACCCAAAGGCUUCAGACUCUCCCAUUGAUCUCUUCUCUGGUGAUUUGGCUGGUGAGCUUUCAGAGGCUGUCAUCCAGAAGUUCUUCUAUCUAGGAGAUGAUCGAAAUAUUGACGAGGUGUAUGUGGGUGGCAAGCAAGUGGUUCCAUUUUCAAGCUCUGUGUAAGUCCAUGAGGCUUCUGAAGACAUUUUCCUGGGAUAACGGAUGAUUCUACAUCUCCCUGUUCAGCCCAGGUGGAGUUGGAAAGUGUUGGCUAAAAUAUAGUACCUUGUCAUUGGGAAUGACUACUAAGUUUCGGUGUCUUAUUAAAGCAUCCAUUUCAGAAAUUACUAGAAGGAAGUCAGGGAUCAUUUUAGGUUCCUUGCUUGGGUGGCUUUCAUAUAUAUAGGAAAACUUUCCCUUUGAGCUAUUCAGAUUUUUUUGGGGGGGAGCCAUGUUCAAAGGUAAACUUUACUUUAUUAAUUUGAAAUGUUAAAUCAAUUCCAGUGUGGGAAAUGGUAGGAAGGACAGGCAGAGGUGCUUUUUCUUUCUUAAAAAUGAAACUUGAACCCACAUGUGAAAAUCUUCAACUGCAAAGUUGAAAGUUGCCUAGUGGGGAAAUCUUAAUGAAGAAAGAAGUCUUUUUUAGAGUGUGAAAAGAAAUAUUGAAGAUCACUUUAGAAAUGACAUGUCGAGCAUACAAAUUUCAAGAGAGACCUUGCCAAACUUUAGAAUGUGAUUUCAGAGCAAGUCUGUAUGCUGGAAAUUUGCACUUACUGAAAUUUGCACUUCAUAGAUAUUUUGUUAUUGUUCAUUGGCUUUGUUUUGGAUGAAACUUAGGAAAUAAAAUGCUAA